GCCGAUCAUUCGCGUCAUCGCGCGUCGUCCAUAAUCAUUUGUCGAGGGGACGCACGGGACACGGGCACGCCAGCGCGAGUAAUUCGACGAUGACAAUGACGGCGAGCUCGAAGCAAGGCUCCAAGCGGUCCAAGUGGGCCCUGGACUUCGCGCACAGAACGAAGCAGGACAAGAGCGCGGAGAUACCGUCUCCACCCGGGUACACACCUACCGGCUCCCUCUUUCACAAUGUGGAGUACAUGAGGGAGACCGACUCGAAUCACCUGAUAAUAAAAAAGUCGUGGGACCUGGCGCUGGGGCCCCUCAAGCAGGUGCCUAUGAACCUGUUCAUCCUGUACAUGGCCGGCAGCUCCGUCUCGAUAUUCCCCAUCAUGAUGGUCGGUAUGCUCAUCAUCAAGCCGGUCAAGGCGCUCUUCACGCUCCAGCAAACGUUCAAAGUGAUCGAAGGUACACACGCGUGUGGACAAAAGUUCGUGUACUUCCUAGGACAGUUAGUGAAUAUCGCGUUAGCUCUGUACAAGUGUCAGUCGAUGGGCCUGCUGCCGACGCACGCGUCCGACUGGCUGGCGUUCGUCGAGCCCCAGACGCGGGUGGAGUACUCCGGCGGGGGCUUCAUGUACGUUUGAUGAUGCCAGCGGCUCGGUCAGGCGGCAUCGUAAGUAUUCGGCACAUCGCGCGCGCCACAAAAUGAGUUAUAGCUUAAUUAUACCGCAAAGGACACGGUGCGUUGUCGUGCGUUUAAAUAUUGUUUAUUAAAAUAAACGUAUGGAAAAAUCAGA